AUGCCCAUCCCCAUCAGAGAGACGGUAACUCGUCUCGCAGCCAUCUCCAAGCUCCUAGUAAUAUCCUACAUAAUCGACUGGAUAUUCAUCAUCGGCAUCGCCCUAAUCGGCUACGGAUUCUAUAAACAAUCCCCAAACCACCACCCCUUCAGCCUAACCGACCCAACAAUCAGCUACCCCCUCUCCAAAGAAACCGUAACAAACACAACCCUCAUUAUAGUCGGCCUCUUCGCACCGGCGAUUAUAAUCUUCCUACUCUCAUGGCUACUCGUCCCAGCAAAAGCCACCUCCUCCUCCACCCCCACCUCCUCAUCUAACCCCAACCCCCUGGCAGCGCAAUACAUCCGCCGCAAAUUCUGGGAAUGGAACGUCGGCUGGAUGGGGCUCGCGCUGGCCGUCGCAAGCACCUGGAGCGCUACCCAGGGUUUGAAGGCGCUAAUCGGAAAACCGCGACCUGAUCUCCUCGCGCGCUGCAAUCCAGACCUAGCGCGCAUUGCGGAGUUCACGGUUGGUGGGCUUGGGGAGUCGGUGCGCGGUGCCGCGACGCUGGUUUCGUGGGAAAUUUGUCGGGAUCAGAGUAAUUCGCUGCGCCUUGAUGGCUUUGCGAGUUUCCCGAGUGGGCAUGCUUCUUUUUCCUUCGCCGGUCUAAUCUACCUAACCCUCUGGCUCUGCUCCAAAUUCUCCGUCGCAUUCCCCUAUCUCCCGCGGUACCCAGUCGAAGACCAGCGCCACACCGACGACAGUUCAUCUGUGCGGAGACGUGGCGCCGCACCGCCCGUAUACCUAAUGCUGAUUGCGUUCGUGCCGACUGCAACAGCGUGCUUUAUCGCUGCGUCGCGCUGGUUCAAUUACAGACACCAUGGCUUUGAUAUUCUCUUCGGUGCCGCGCUCGGCAUUUUCUUCGCUUAUAUCGGCUUUAAUAUGUACCAUAUCCCGAUUCGGCGUGGCGCCGGCUGGGCUUGGGGUGCGCGCAGUCGGGGACGCGCUUUUGGGCGCGGCGUUGGGUUCCCUAGUUCGCUCGGGACGGAUGGGUGGGCUGGUGAGAGGGCGUUGGAUGUUGAUAUUGAGGGCGCGGCUGCGGUGAGGCAGAUGGGGGUUAGGGGUAAUGGGCAGGGACAUGCUCAGGGUCAGGAACAUGUUAAGCCGGUGAGUAGUGAGGGUGAGGCUGUUAGGCUUGAGGGUGAGGCUGUUAGGCUUGAG